UAUAAUGGUUCAUUUGUUGUUUCGGGAGUUCCUCCAGGUUCUUAUAUUGUGGAAGUUUCAAAUGUUGAGUAUGCUUUUGAACCAGUGCGAGUUGAUAUUAGUUCGAAAGGUAAAAUAAGAGCGAGACGAUUGAAUUUACUACAGCCAUCACUAGUGUCCUCAGUUCCAUAUCCACUGCGCUUAAAUGCGUUACACCGAGUUAACUAUUUUCUGCCUAGGGAAGAAUGGCAUAUAACGGAUAUGCUUAUUAAUGAAAUGGUGUUAAUGAUGGCUUUACCUCUUAUUUUGCAUGUUGUUGCAUCAAAACUUGUCAGUGCGAAUGAUCCUGAAUUUAAAAAGCCAUUUAGUAGCUCACAGGUUUUCCAGGAAAUGGUUAGAAGUAUGCUGGAAAUGGAUUUUCCAGAUGCUUCAGAAGUAUUGACUUCGUGGCUAGCAGGUUAUUCGAAGAAGCCAAGAAAGUCUGCAGCUGGAAACAAAAAAGAACAGGAAACAAUCAUAUAUGUUCCUUGA